UUUAUUCCAUACAGGUCGGUCCCUUUACAACUGUAACAACUUUACACUGCUGGUGUAGUCAUCUGACUGUGUUUUCUGGUGGUAUUUUCAUUUCACCCAACACUGUCGAUCCAAUUGGUGAUAUAGCCUUGUUCCUGACGUUUUUCCAAAACCCUGUGGUGGUCACCCUCAUUGUUGCCGUUUGGAUUCUGUUCAUUAUGUUGCUCAUCUGGGCACGCAGAGUAGAUCAGAAUGAUUUAAGAAAGACUGGUAUCACAAUGCUUGGUGACAACUUUCCUGAAGACCACUAUGUGUACAUGAUCUGCGUGGUCACUGGCUGGUGGGCACAUGCUGGCACCACCUCCAGAGUGUUCAUGUACCUCUGUGGGAAGAGAGGAAGAUCUUCACGGCAUGCCAUGUUUGACAGCAAUAAGGAACUCUUCACAUCUGGUGCGGAGAACUGGUUUCUACUCAAGACCAGCGGAAGUCUGGGCCACAUUAGAUCUGUGGUCAUAUGGCAUGACAAUGGUGGAGAACAGCCAUCUUGGUACCUUAAAGAAAUUGUUGUCAAGGAUGUCCAGACUGAAGAGGUAUGGCACUGUAUCUAUGAUGAAUGGCUCAGCGUUGAUAAAGGACUGGGAACUCUUCAAGCAGACAUCCCAGCCAUUGAAGAUGCAACUUUUGCAAAGAAGCAUUUCUACCAGUUCAUGCACACAACCAGUCGCGACUUCCGUAAUGGACACAUCUGGAUCAGCAUCUUCUCCAAACCUCCGACGAGCCGUUUUACGCGUAUCCAGCGUCUCACGUGUGCUCUCUGUAUUCUCCUGUCGACAAUGCUCACUAACAUCAUGUUCCACGGAAUUCCACGAGAUGAUCCCGAGGACCAGAUUGAUUACGGAGAUUUUCACCUCUCACUGGUGGACUUUGUAAUUGGAAUCCAGAGUGCCCUGAUGGUGUUUCCUGUCAAUAUGAUCAUCAUCUUGUUGUUUAAAUUAACCAAUCCGAAACCUGACACUGUACUGAAAUCAGAGGAACCUGUGGAUGACAAGAUGAAACUUCAUGAGAAAAAGAAAAAUAUAUUUUCUAAGUUAAGAUUGCCAUGGUACUUUAUUUAUGUUGCCUAUUUCAUAGCAAUCACUACCUCCCUGAUCUGCUCAUACUUUGUGAUGCUGUAUGGACUCAAGUACGGCUACAACAAAAGUGUGGCAUGGCUCAUUUCUUUCUUCACGUCGUUCUUCCAGAGUGCACUCGUUACAGAACCAGUUAAGGUUUUAGCUGUAGCAUUCCUGCUCACUCUGAUAUUCAGACAAAGUGUGCAGUAUGACAGUGGAAAGCAAGAGCAAACAGCAGAUGAAGAGGAGUUCUAUAUGCAAGAUGAUUAUACAAAAUCAUCUACACACUAUAUAGCACCUGUGUCAAAACGCCUCCUUAAAAACAUUCGUACUCGAAUCCUCAUGGACCAGCGCACUUGGGAGAUCCUGGUGGAAAUCCUGCUGUAUUUCACAUUUGUUGCCAUAGUGUUCCUGGUGGUUUUGGGCCACAGUGAUGUGAAAGAGUCCUACAGUGUUACCAAUGAUGUUGAGAAUAUCUACGUCCGUACAUUUGAACAUAACCAAACUAAAUAUUUUUAUAAAGUAACUGACUCACACACUAUGUGGGAAUAUUUGAAUGAUACGUUUUUGGAGAAAGUCUUUUUGGGGCCGUCCACUCCAAUUCCAAAUACACUAUCAUUUCUUGUGGGAAGGACAAGAUUGCGACAAAUAAGAAUACGUGAAGGAUCUUGUAUCCACUUUUUAGAUUUGAAGUCAAGACUAAAUUCAUCAGAAGAGUGUUUUCCACCCUAUAGUUAUGGUGCUGAAGAAUCUCGUUCUUACACUGAAAACUGGGAAAAUGAAACAACUGUCGAAGAGAUAACAAAGUGGACAUAUCAGUCUGGAUCUAGUCUAGACACCCUUCCAAUUAUGGGAAGGCUCGACAUCUAUCCUGGUGGGGGAUAUAUUCUUCAGUUACCAAGACAUCCUUAUAAGGCACGAGAGCUUAUAGAAAAAGUUAAAAAAACAAAGUGGAUUGAUGAACAGACGCGGGUGGUGUUUGUGGAAUUCACUCUCUUCAACCCAAAUGUCCAGCUGUUUACUGUAGUAGUGCUUAUGUUUGAAUACUCAAACACUGGUUUCGUGUUUCCCUACCAUCUGAUUUACACGGCUAACUUCUAUCACUACCAGAAUGAAUUUGAGACCUUUGUUGCCGUUGUCGAGGUCCUCUUUGUUAUAUAUCUGUUUAUUUUUACUUAUACUGAAUUAAAAAGAAUUCUUAAAAUGAAAUGUCUUGACUACUUCAAUGAGUCAUGGACAUUCGUUGAACUAACCAUUUUGUGCUUAGCCUACUCCACCAUUGCUCUGUUUGUUAAUCGGCUUCUUGUGUGUAAUCAUCUCAUGAACACUUUUGCAGACAAUAAUUUCGAGAAGUUUGUUAAUUUUCACACUGCUGCAUUUUAUGAUUCCUUACUGAGAUACGUUAUGUCAGCUUUAGUCCUGUUGGUAAUUGUCAAGUUCUUCAAACUGCUUCGUUUCAAUGUAAGAUUGUCCAUGCUUGCACAAACACUUCAUUCCGCAAGAGGAAGACUGAUCUCAUAUUCGUUUUCUUUGUUUGGAUUUACAAUGGCAUUUGCUAUAUUUGCUGUUCUCGUUUUUGGCACUACACUUGAAGGAUACAGAAAUAUUCCAAGGACAGUUAUAACCAUGUUCCUUUUUAUGAUGGGAAAGUCCGAUUACUAUGGUCUUUAUGAAGGCAAUGCUGUUCUUGGUCCAUUGUUUUUCUUUCUCUUUUCAUUGACAUUUCAGUUUCUGUUUGUGCAGUAUUUUAUUACUCUUCUCAUGGAUUCAUUUCAUACUACCAGGAUUCACUUAGCCUCGGUAAAAACUGAGGUUCACAUGGUUCAGUACAUUCUUAGGAAAUUCCGUUUGAUAACGAUGCUUGAUUCACAAAAAAAGCAGGGAAAACGUAAAAUUGUUGAAUCUUUCUAAAAUCUGUUUGUUAAUUGUUCCAAAGUAUUUUGUUACAGGCAAAAUGUUCUUUUUUAUGAUGGGCAAGUCCAGUUACUAUGGUCUUUAUGAAGGCAAUGCUGUUCUUGGUUCAUUGUUUUUGUUUUUCUUUUCAUUAACAUUGACGUUUCUGUUUGUGCAGUAUUUUAUUACUCUUCUCAUGGAUUCAUUUCAUAUUAUCAUGAUUCAGAUAGUCUUGGUAAAAACUGAUGUUCACAUGGUUCAGUACAUUCUUGGGAAUUUCCGUUUGAUAACGAUGCUUGAAUCACACAAAAAGCAGGAUAAACGUAAAAUUGUUGAAGAUUUCUAAAAUCUGCUUGUUAAUUCCAAAGUAUUUUGUUACAGGCAAAAUGUUCCUUUUUAUGAUGGGCAAAUCCGAUUACUAUGGUCUUUAUGAAGGCAAUGUUGUUCUUUGUUCAUUGUUUUUGUUUCUCUUUUCAUUGACAUUUCAGUCUCUGUUUGUGCAGUAUUUUAUUACUCUUCUCAUGGAUUCAUUUCAUGUUAUUAGGAUUCAGAUGGUCUUGGUAGAAACUGAAGUUCACAAAAAAAGCAGGAAAACCCUAAAUAUUUUGAAGAUCUGUUUGUUAAUAUUUCCAAAGUAUUUUGUUACAAAGUGAAAAUAAAAUAUACUGAUUGGU